AUGGCUCAACGAAAGCGACAGCGGGUCAAUAGCCCUACAAGGAGGAUGGUGGACGUAGAUCCUCGACGCAGAAACCCAUUUCGGUUCUCGUCCUCGUUCGCCACAAGGUGGGCUGCCUCUCCCGACAAGGUGAAGGAAAAGAAUGUGGAACCGAAGCCGAAGAGCCGGCACCGGAAUCAGGCACGCCCCUCCUCAAGGGAACCAAUGAUUUGGGUGACUGGAAGCUCUCGAUUGCCUUUUAUGGAAGUCAUGUAUAUGCGCAGCCACGGGACAGGAAAGGGGGUGGUCGGAUCAAAGGCAGCCACCUUUGCGCUUUCCCUCGUUUCUCUGCUUGGUGGUGAGAGAGGGGAACGAUAUGCCGAGCAGGCACAAUUUGGCAAGGCGAUCGGCAGUUGGGUUUACCGGACUCGGAACUGGGCGUACCGGUGUGGCUCAGUUUUCUGUUUUAUAAUUGACUUUAAUUGGCUUUGUUGGUCCAAUCAGCAAUAUGAAAAGCUCCGACGGAACCCGGACCGGCAACAAAGGGUUACACUUUGGGGGCCGGGGCUUUCUCCGGUCGGGGGAACCGUGAAAGUUUCCUAA